AAGAAUACGUUCAGCUGGAGGAAGUUAGGAUGGGAUACCCCAAGGUUGUGGGAUAACCCUGUGACUGCUGCCUCCUUCCUCAGCACUGUCCUUUCUAAAUCACAGAACUCAUAGAACAUAGAACUUAGCAGAACAGAUCCUGGGAGCUACGAGAGACCAAAUUGCAAGUGUGUCUCAGCUUUACUGAUAUAUAAUUAAUACAUUUAAAGUAGUCACGUUGAUGAACUUCGAGAUAUGUAAACACAUAUGAAGCCAUCCCACAAGAGAGAGCCCCUGAAAACUGGAUGGAAGCCAUUUACUUUGAUCCAGCUUGAGUCCUUGGAGAGUUGCCUAAAGGAAGCAGAAGAGAAGGCUAAAGCUUUAUCUGAACAGCUUGCAGUCUCUGAAGGAACAAAAUCAAAACUGCUUAAACAAGUUUCCUCGCUGGAGGAAAAACUACAAGCUCUGGGCCAUAAGGAAGCCAGUGGGGAACCGUACGAAAAAAUGGUUCUUGUGAAAGACCAGUACAUUGAGAAAUUACAAGCUGAAGUAAAGGCUUCCCAGGAGCAACUUAUAGCCCAUAAACUAAAGCACAAAAAGAAAAUGAAAAAGCUACAAAUUGAUUUGGUAACAGCUAAGCAAGAGGCUGCCAUCACAGUCCUGGAACUCAAUGAGAAGAUAAAGGCUCUAUGUGAAGGAAAGCCCGCCCCUAGAGAAGGCAACUUGAUGAUGGAGGAGUUCUCUGGAGGUCUCCCACCUGUGGAAGAAGGUGAUCGAAAAAUCAGCCUGAUCAUGGAAUUGUCCACCCAGGUUUCUCUUCAGACUGAGAAGAUCACUCAGCUGGAAGAAGUUUUAGAGGAAAAGGAAAAGAAGAUCGAGCAGCUGGAAGCCGAACGGAGAUUCUAUUCUUCCCAAGGGGCCAAGGACCCUCCAGAAUGUUUAUAAGAAGCCUCAAUUCUGUCUAAUAAUAGCAUCACUCCCAUGGUCUCUAAUGAGGAUCUGUAAAGAUUCCCAAUAAGAAAAUAAUAAAAGUUUAUUAAGUGUCAUCCAGGCAAAGUCCAGAACCCAAGUAGUCUCCUCAUUGACAAUGUUCAAGUUCAUUUGGGGGGUUGAAUAUAUUAUAUAAUGUUUGUAUUGGAAAGAAACAAAACAAAGGAAAUAUUCAGAAGCAGUUUCCCUUUUAGACAGCAGUCCUCACGUAAGCCACACAGCUGUUUUUAGACAUUCCUGGUAACAGUUGGGGUGACACUAAUACAAAUCUAGGUGGCAAAGGAACCUAACAUCUUAACAGACAGAGGUUUAUCACUCUGCGAGGGACAGGUGGUAUACAGCUCUGUUGUGAAGCUGUCACAAAGGGUCAGUUUCGAACUGGUUAGAGUCCUGAAGAGCAGAAUCCUUGCGGGCAGAGUAAAUAGCCAGGGUCUGCCCUUUCAUGUCCUCGGGAAUUUGUUUCUUCAUGGCAUGCAUUUUACUAACAUUAGUAAAGAUAGGAAGGAAAUAAAACUAAAGCAAUAAA